GUUUUCUUUAGAACGCGACGCUGUGUAACGUUUGUGCACUACAUUUGCUAUAUGCUAUAAUAGGCUGUUGGAGAAAGCUCUAGUUAGAUCAUUUUGAUUCAGAUGUCCUAAUUUAUUGAUUGUUAUUUUUUCAACAGUGCAGAAACCAGUAAAACUUCAACCUACCUUUUCAAUCCACUUGUUUUGCAGAGGCUACUAUGGCCACAUCUAAAUUAAUGAGAGCCAUUAGGGUGUCAGAGUUUGGAGCCCCUUCCGUUUUAAAACUCUGCACAGACCUGCCUGUGCCAAAUCCUGGUCAGAAACAGGUUCUGAUUCGAGUCCAUGCAUGUGGUGUAAACCCAGUGGAGACAUACAUCCGCUCUGGAUCCUAUGCUCGAAAACCCAGCUUGCCCUAUACUCCAGGAUCAGAUAUUUCUGGUGUGGUUGAAGCUGUUGGGGAUGGUGUUUGCCUCCUACGGACAGGUGACAGAGUCUUCACCACAGGCACAGUGACGGGAGGAUGCGAGUUUACUGUGGCCUCAGAGGACACUGUUCACAAGCUUCCUGAUUCCCUAGACUACAAACAGGGUGCAGCUAUUGGAGUCCCAUAUUUCACUGCAUACCGGGCGUUAGUUCAAAAGGCUCAUGCCAAAGCAGGAGAGACAGUUCUUAUCCAUGGAGCCAGUGGUGGGGUAGGCAUUGCAGCAUGUCAGAUCGCACGAGCAUUUGGCCUUAAAGUUCUGGGUACAGCAGGGACAUCUGAGGGUAUGCAGCUGGUGCUCAGCAAUGGAGCUCAUCUUGCAUUCAACCACAGAGAAAAAGACUAUUUGGAUAAAAUUAAGAAUGCUACCAGUGGACAAGGCAUGAAUGUGAUCAUUGAGAUGUUGUCCAACGUCAACCUCAGUAAUGAUCUUCAGUUGCUUGACUUUGGUGGCAGAGUUAUUAUUGUUGGCUCUAGAGGCCCUAUUGAAAUCUACCCCAGAGACACCAUGAUGAAAGAGACCAGCAUCAUUGGUGUGGCUUUAUACAAUACAUCUAAUAAGGAAACAACCGAGUGUGCCGCAGCUCUUUUUGCAGGAAUGGAGACAGGCUGGUUGAAACCUGUCAUUGGUCCUGAAUAUACACUUGAUAAAGCAUCCCAGGCUCAUGAAGACAUCAUCAACAGCCCUGGAGCCAGUGGCAAGAUGAUUUUGAUCAUCUGAAAUUAUGCAGGAAGUAAAAAAUCCGAUCCAAUGCAACAUAAAUAAACUGUCAUUGCAUUAAAGGGAGUGUCUUAUUUUGUGUUCACAGAAGAAAGAAACUCAUACAGGUUUGGAACAAAAAUUAAAAU